AUGGUCACAUCUGACUCUUACACUACGUCCUCAUCAAUAAAAAUUUAUAAUAAAUUCAAUGUUGAUAUAGACUUCAAAUGGAGUUUCCCCCAAAAUGAUACACCAUUUGAAGUCAUUCCAAAUAUAUCCUUAGUACCAGGAAAUUCUUGCAGGAUGUGUGAUAUAAUAUACAAAUGUUUGCCUACAAAACAUAAAACAUUUGAAAUUGACUUUAAUUUUGAAAAUAAGACAAUUCCAGUUGAACUCAAUAUCAUCACUCGAAAAAUUUCAGUAAAAUUUUUACAACCUUCAUUGACAUUCUAUAACAUUGGUCUUAACUUAGAAAUUACUAAGAAAGUUCUAUUAGAAAAUUCAUCACGGGAGCUCGCUUUCUUCUACGUAGUAGAACCUCUAAUACCAGGUUUCAGAAUAGAGCCUAUGAGUGGACAAAUUCAUCCAAAAAUGAUACUAACUUUUGACGUUAUUGUGAAAAUUUCUUGUAUAAUUGAAUUCACUUUUGAUAUCAUCUUAAAAAUUAAUAACAAAGAAAACGUUGUGCUGCCUGUAAGUGGGAAUGUGGUUGAACCGAAGAUAAACAUACAGCCAAAAAAUGUGUUCAUGCCACGAAUUCCAUGUAACAUGUCAACAUACAUACAGGUAAUAUUACAAAAUACAGGUUAUGCUAGAUCAGAAAUAGAUGUGUUACAUAUGAAUGAUGAAAAUUUUUUUAAUGUUUAUGUAAACAAAGGAAAUGAAAAAUAUAGAGUCUCGAAGUUGAAUAUUGAUGCGGGACAAUCAGAAACGAUAUUUAUCCAAGUACGUGGUAUGCACCGAAAGGAGUAUGAUUACUAUAUGCCUGUUAGAAUAAAUGGCUUAAUAGGUCCUCCAAAUAAUAAUCCACAAUCUCAUGAUAUGCGAUACUACGUCCAAAAAUAUGAGCAAACAUCAAACAAAGAUGAAAAAAUUCAACAAGUCAAAGAAGUUCAUGCUAUGUAUAAAGAAGUUAUUAAUUUAUUAAAAUCACGUGGGGCUAACUUAUGGGCAGUAGAAUCAAAGUUUCUAUUAAGUUACGAUCAGUUCGUUACUUUUACAGAAAAUAUACCACUAAAGUAUAGAGAACCUUCAACUUCUUCAGAUUUUGAUGAAGAUACAAAAUAUAAGUUUUACGCAAGAAGACUAAAUCUCACUGAUAAAGAGGUAGUUUUAACCGGUAUACCAAAGGAAAGCGGACAAGACGUUUUAGAACACAAAGUAUAUUUUGAUCUGAUAUGUAUGGACACUCAAAUUAGAAAUACUUGGGUUUGGUUUAGAAGUAGCAUCGGAGAAUUUUUCAUUAAAGUGACGUCACAACCUCGGUGUGAGAUUGUUACUGGUACCGUGUAUGCUCAUAUAGAUAAAUGGCCAUUAAUACCUUGCAGUUGCAGUGAAUCUUGUGAAUGUUAUCGUACCACUGUUUUGAUGAUCCCUCAUCGUAAUGAAUUGAUGAUAAAAUCACUGCGUUGUGCUCUUUUAAAAAAUGCGUCGGAAAAUAUGAUAGAAAUUUUCGAUGAACUUGUAGAAACAGCUACAGGCAGGACUAUACUCAGCAUUUUGUUGGUUGAAGGCGGUACAAAUAUGUCCGAGGUGCAACAUAUGCUGCGUAAUGAAACCUCCUUCCUGGUAACGGCGCGCGGUCUCGAACUCCGCUUUGACCGAGUGACAUUGACUCAGCACACUGACGCGACUUUAGUAUUGCCAGUAACGGUACCGGCACACGAUAUUUCCGAAAAAUAUUCUGUCACUUUCACCUCAGAAUGUGGUAUGGAUCUGCGCUCUUAUUGUGUCCUAUUCGUAGAGAGAGAAUAG